AUGGAACAACCGGGAAAAAUACUUUCUGAAGGACGAGGGAGAGUUCGGGAUCUCGCUCAAACUCUCAGUAACAGUUCCGUAUACCGAUGUGAAGCAAUUACCGAAACACUCCAAAACAGUCUACUAAUCUGUCAUCUCUCUGAAAAACUGUCCAUAACACGGCCCGAGACCAUAUCAAGUGGGUCACCACGCAAAAGUUUCACUAGUCUGCGUCAGCAACAGACAACUCGGGACUGGAGAUCAGCGGGACAUACUAGGAAAGGAUCUGUUGCAAAUUUAUUCACGACAACGAUGGAUGAUCUGACGUUUAUCUGUUGUAUUCGGCACAGCAACCUACUCCAUGUUUUCGAAACACAAGGAUAAUAUACGCAAAAAAAGGAUAAACAAUGAUCGUAACAAUGAUGCAAGUAGUAUUCUAGAAGAAAUUUUGAAAAACAAUCUCUUCAACAGUAGACUGCAUGGAGUUGGAAUUCGUUUAGAACUUGUGACGGCUUCCACCAAAUGUCAUGCGAAUAUAAAUACCAAGUGCAAACUUUUAGUGAUUUGAAUAUAAUCUCCAUCAUAACUAAAAGAGCAAAACAAACACUUCUAACGGAUGGUCUUGCAUAAAUAUCUAAGUUUGAAAAUAUGCAGUAUAAUACAAUCAUGAUAUUAUACAUGAACUCAAGAAACUACAACAGGUUCAGGGACAGUAAGCAAAAUGGAAAAAAAAAUUUUUCCACCUGAAUGAUGAAGAACGCGGCCCAACCAAAACAGAUCCAGUCAAUUCAAAAGAGAUGGUGAGCUAUAUUAUAUAUUCUAAGACAAAACUUUUGCA